UCUGGAAGACAAAUACAAGGUGAUAAGGGGGACAAGAUAUGUAGAGAAUAAGAGAAAGCAGGAGAGUUGAAUCUGUUGAAGGAACAAUACAGCGAUUUUUAUCAGUUUAAUGAAGGAUGGCGCUUCGUCUCCAGCUCUCCCCUAUCCCUCCUCCCUCCGCCAAGCCCCCCAAAAACCCUAUCCUUAAACCUAGGACCGCAUUCACCCCUCUCCGGCCCCUCUACCCGACCGUCCUCUCCUCCUCCACCACCGCCGUUGGCGGCGACUCGGGCCUCCGCUUCCGCGAGAAGCUCCUCUACCUCGAGCACGACCUCGGCGUCGACUCCUCCAAGGCCCUCUCCCUCAACCCUGCCGUCCGCGCCGCCCCCCUCUCCUCCCUGCGGUCCGUCGCCGACUUCCUCGCCUCCUUUGGCCUCCGACCCGCCGACUCCGGACGCAUCUUCUCCAUGUACCCCCAUCUCCUCACCUCCGACCCGGCCGCGGACCUCCGCCCCGUCUUCGACUUCCUUCUCGGCCUCGCCGCCAUCCCGUCAGCCGACAUCCGCAAGGCCGUCGUCCGCUGUCCCCGUCUUCUCGUCUGCAGCGUCCCCGGCCAGCUCCAGCCCGCCCUCUACUUCCUCCGGCGGCUCGGCUUCGUCGGGCAGCACCGGAUCACCUGCCAGACCACCGUUCUCCUGGUGUCCAGCGUCGAGGGCACCCUUAUCCCCAAGCUGGACUACCUCCAGAGCCUGGGAUUCUCCUACAGGGAGACGAAAAAGAUGGUCUUGAGGUCGCCGGGGCUGUUGACGUUCAGCAUCGAGAACAAUUUCCGGCCGAAGGUGGAGUUUUUGGUGGGGGAGAUGGGGAGGGAGCUGUCGGAGCUGAAGGAAUUCCCGCAGUACUUCUCAUGUAGCCUGGAGGGGAAGAUUAAGCCCCGGCAUCGGAUGUUGGUGGAGAAUGGGUUCUCGUUGCCGCUGUCCGAGAUGCUGAAGGUCAGUGAUGGAGAGUUCAGGAAACGGUUGGUGGAGAUGCGGCUGAGGCCUGUUGGCGAGAAGUUGUAGCUCAUAAUGAUAUGAUUAGGCACCGUAUCACCAUUUUUCAGAUGAAUAUCUAUACAUUGAUUAAUGAGCCACAUAGUUGAGUAAAAAGCACCCUCAGAUUUUCCAUCCGGUGUAAUAAAGAAGUGAAGACAUUAUGGGGACUGGAAAGGAUUUAUAGGGCUGUAAUAGUGACCAGAGGUCACAGCUGGAAAGCCUCAACUGUCGCAGUUGUAUGCUUGUAUUUUAACUUUUUUCCCCUAAAACCAAGACUGAGGACAGUUUUCUAAAUCCAUAGAUCAUGUAAAACAGUGCAAUUUUCAAUGUUGACUAGCUUUUGAAGAUCCCCUUGGGCUUCCUCAAUUGCAGUCUCGCUGUUUUGCUGCAUGCAGAGCAAUCUGCUUCACUGUGAUGGGUUAAUAAUGUAGUAGGUAGACCAAACAGUCAAAAGACUUAUUUCACAUAUAUGGGUCACACAUAUUCAUGUCAAUGUCCUUUCAGAACCACUUCCAACAGGUUUAUUGCCUCGUUUCUGGUUUGAAGAUAUUUCAAAUGCAUUGUCCUUGCAGCCUUCACUGGUGAGCUCUAGCUGUGCUUAUGCACAAGCACCAGCCUCAGUACCCAAAAUCUUGUACCUGUAGUGCUACAUCCCGAGGAGAAAAAGAGAGAAUCCUUUGGAAUUUUGCUUCUGCACCUGCAUCAAAAAGCACCCUCUUUGUGUAAAUUUAUUUGAGAACCUUGAUUACUCAUUCCAGCAGGCAUUCCUGACUUAAGUAACUGUUGGAUAACACCCUUAACUGUCUGUGCAUUUUAAUUUCUACGUAAUUUACAUAUUACAUAACAUUUCAAUAUUAAGCUUCAUUUAUUCUGCAAACCAUAGAUCAUAUUGGUGGGCAUUCAUUUCUGGUUCCUAGCUCCAAAUGAAAUACAGCUCCUGACAAUGAGCAUUGGGUCCAUUAAAAAAGAGUUCUCAUAUUAGAAGCAGCAGUAGUGAAAAUACCUUUUUAGAAUUUGAUACUGCUUAGGUCUCUUGAAAGACCUAACCAUUCCUUCAAACCUAGAUAGGGCCGACAAUUUAAGGUUUAUCUGAUUACUUGAAUAUAGGUUUUCUUAUGGCAAAUAAUGAUAUUGGAUUUUGAUGAUGAUCAGCAUAUGCUGAAAGUUAGGAUUAGUGGUCCAAUGUUCAUGUUCAUGCUCAACUUCUCAUCACACAGAGAGCCUCGAAGGAUCUCAGUAGAUGCUAUGAACCCUAAAUGGCAUUGAGUUUGAUCUCAUUGUUUUUCUAUGCCCCAUGAUUAUUCUUUUGCUUAUUCAAAUUAUUCAGUGUCUGCUUGCUACCAAUCAAUGGUUAAUUUCAUCUGAAUUCAUUGAUUGGAACAUGCUGCAGAUAGCAGUAAAUUAGUACUUCAGACUGAAAACAUCCUAUUCUUGCAUUCUUU